AUGACAGCCGAAACCACAGAGAAGAUCCUCAACCACGAAGUAUCACUUCCUCCGAGGAAGAAUAGUCGAAAAGAUGCGCUGAAGUACACCUGGCGGACUCAGGACCGCUCCAGCUGGACAAUAUACCACUGGUUUUACGAAAUCCUCGGUCUUUACCACUCUGACCUCGGUCGGCGAAUUCCUGUUCACGAAAAGCAGACAAAGGUGCCCUUUCUAUCCAACUGGUCCAUGCUUGGCUGGAUUAUUCUACACGGUGUUCUGCCUAUGACCUUACAUCAUGCGUGCAUGAAGUAUACUGGUAGGACAAUGCCUCUUUGGCAAGUACUCAUUGUAUACAACGUUACGAUGAUUUUCACAGCUGUACGCGGGCAACAACACCUACGCGGGCUUAGCCACGAGCUUGGAUUUCUAGAUGCUAAAUCUGGCGAGCGUCAAGGGAUUCCAGAUGCGGCAGUAGAAGAGGUUUUCUUUACGCUCAACACCCUACUCAGUGGACGUUGCUCGUUGAUUGCGUGGCUUGCUUAUUCGAACUUGGAAGCCCCUGGAGAUAUCGCCUGGUAUUGGCUACCCGUCAAAAUGGCCAUUUAUUCCAUUACAUUCGACUUUUGGUAUUACUGGUACCACCGAUCGCUGCACGAGAUUCCCCUUCUCCGGAAGCACCAACGCAAACACCACAUGUCACGCCAUCCAACUACGCUUAUGACGGCGUUUGCCGAUUUUGAGCAGUCCGUCUUCGACUACAUUGUCUGCCCCGUAGUCACUUACUAUUUUCUCAACUCUCUUGGGCUGUCGUUAAGCUUUUACGAGUGGUGGAUAUGCAACCUCCAAACCUUCAUUACCGAAGUUGGUGGCCACAGCGGACUACGCAUGUACGCCUCACCUCCCAAUCUCUUCCACCCACUACUACUAUAUUUCAACUGCGACCUAUCCCUAGAAGACCAUGAUCUUCAUCACCGGACUGGUUGGAAGGAGAGCGGCAAUUUUGGGUCCCAGACACGACUCUGGGAUACCGUGUUUGCCACACGAAAGGAACGCGUGGAAACGAAGCGUGACGAUGUAGAUUGGGAUAACCCAGUUCCGUGGCCAAUUUUCUAGCCACAUUCUAGUGGGUUUCAGAGCAAAUAGAUAAGCGCCCUUGACAUUUACCGUUGUCCCAACUUUAUUCUAUCAGCCGUGUUGAGACUAUGUCGUUGGGCUAGAGCCAGUUACCACUGCCGAGACAUGUCUCGAGCAGUUGAU